AUGAAGCUCAUCCUCGUAGUCUUUGGCGCGUUACUCCCUCCCACGAGCGCGUCGGCGCAAACUACCUUUGCCGACAAGCCCGCCCUGCAGGACGCGGCCGACCUGUGGUGCAGCAACGAGACGGCCGCCCUGGCUGAGCACGGCAACAUCGCGGACUGGGACGUGAGCCGCAUCACCGACCUGAGUUGUCUGUUCAGCGCUUGGUGCGGCGGCUCCACGACCGGCAAGAGCACGUGCAACCCCGACAUCAGCUCGUGGGACACGUCUGCGGUCCUCGACAUGAGCAGCAUGUUCUGGGGCGCCUCCUCCUUCGACAAGGACCUCAGCUCGUGGGACGUGUCGGCGGCCAUCGACAUGAUCGGCAUGUUCUCCGGCGCCACCUCCUUCGACAAGGACAUCUCCUCGUGGAACACGUCUGCUGUCCUCUACAUGACCGCCAUGUUCUCCGGCGCCACCUCCUUCGACAAGGACAUCUCCUCGUGGGACACGUCUGCGGUUCGCUUCAUGGGCGUUAUGUUCUACGAAGCCACCGCCUUCAACAAGGACAUCUCCUCGUGGGACACGUCUGCUGUCCUCUACAUGGGCGGCAUGUUCGACGGCGCCUCCUCCCUCAGCGACUGCAACAAGGCGCUCAUCCACGCCAGCUUCGACGCACAGACGAGCGCGUGGCCCUACAACUCGUGGGGCUCGCUUGCCUCCUUCCUCUUGUUCGCAGCACACCGCGCCUCGGCCCGCGCAGGGUUCGAGUACGCCGUCGAAGGCAAGGCGUCCCGCUGCAAGCUCUUCAAGGGCCCCAUCCUCUCGACGCUGCCCGUCGGCGGCGCGCGCUGCUGCUACAAGAAGGCGUCCAAGACGGAGCUCGGGCCGCACAAAAAGCGGCUCUAG